GCUAUUACAAUUUGGAAUUUUUUUCCAUCCCAGUGUUCUCGCACAUAGCCAACACUCACACACUCCUCUCCAUACAAGCGAAUCAAACAUCAUUAACUAAUCGGUUUCUCCUUCCACAUAUGGUUCAAGAAACACACAACAAACAACAUGAUCACAGCUUGUUUCAACCAACCCAACACACCAUCAUCAAGCAGCACCAACAGCUACAUCUCUCAAGUGCCACAGAAUGUGGUAACAUGCACAUACCAAACUCAACUCUUCAACACCCCCACUUACCUCACCCUCAGUUGGUCCAAAACCCUUUUCUCUCACUCCUUAACCAUCUCCACCCCACACAUUUUUUCCUUCACAAUUUCUCUCAACCCAUCAACCCUUUACUUCUUCCGAACACGACACGCCUCAAAAUCAAAAUCCAUCCACCAUCGCAAACUCAAGCUCCAUUGGUACUUCACUCACGCAAAGUUCAUUCAAAACUCCGCGGAGCCAGACUCACGCUUCUACAUAGCAAUCUCGCACAAUGGCAUGCUCCAAUUCUUUCUUGGUGAUCUUCUCCACGAUUUCACUCGGCGCCACAAAAACACGUUCGGUUCUGCUGAUGCUAUUCUUGUAUCGAGAAGGGAACACGUGUUCGGAAGCAGGAGUUACGUGUCACGUGGCGUGUUCAUGGGUUCGAAACACGAGAUAGAGAUCGAGUGUGGUGGCGGUGUAUUGAGCGUGAAAGUGGACGGUGAAACUCGCUUGGUGGUGAAAAGGUUGGCGUGGAAAUUCAGAGGGUACGAGAAGAUCUUCAUUGACGGCGUUGAAGUGGAGUUUUACUGGGACGUGUUGAGUUGGGUGGUUAACGGCGACGGUAACGGGCACGGUGUUUUUGUGUUUCAAGUGGGUGAUGGAACUGUGUGGCCAGAAAUGGUGGGUGCAGAGAGAAAAUUGAUAAGGAAGAGCGCGUCGGGUUCAAGCGUGUUGCAGUGGGCAGAGGAGAACAGUGACUGUGGGAGAACUUCGUGUUCUUCAUCAACUAUGUCUUGUGGGAGCAAUGCCACUGGUUUCUCUUUGUUGCUCUAUGCAUGGACCGUAAAUUAA